UUUGCAGACUCUCUUUCCACCAAACAGCUCCAUCCUCCCUCCUCCUCCUCCUCUCCCUCCCAUCUCCUCUCCUCCUCUCCCAGUCACUGCUCUUCUCAAACUGAGGUGGGUCUUUUUAACACUCUCUCCCCGCGCCUCUCUCUUUUUACUCUUUACUUGUCAGGACGUUAUGUUGUUAACAGUGCUGCGCGUUUGUGGGACCCUGCUGGCCUUCUCCAGCCUCUCUUGGACCGAGGCCGACUCAGAUGAAGAUGAAGGAGACCCCUCGGGGGAUCAUCAGUUCGGGCCCUGCGUUGCAACUUUGAGACCCGAGGAGCCUUGCAGAUGGGGGCAGGAUGACAGCACAUGCCCGUAUCUUUUCAGUCUGCCCCAGCUGACUCUCCACUUGCCAAAGCAGCUGAGGGAGCUCGAGAAUAUCGUGGAGGAUCUGCAGAAGCUGAAGGACAAUGUGGAUCAACUCAGGAGGAUGUGUGAAGAUUGUAAAGUAAGCCAAACGGAGAGAGAGUGUGGGAGACAGAGAGAGAGAGACCUUGAGAAACCGAGUGAGGAUGAGGGGAUGAGAAAUGUCAGUCAGGAGUGUGGGACAAUCAGGGUUAAGGCAGAGAGACGACGGAGAGAGAUGGUGACACUGACUCUGAAAAAAAAAAGUUUUGGAAGAGAAAGAGAGAAAGAAGUGGGAUGCAGAAAGAGGGAGCGAUAAAAUAAUGGUCAUAAAAGAUAAUGAGGAAGAAGUGGCAGAAAAAGAUGGAAAAACUCAGAUGAGUGGGGCAAAAGAGAAGGACAAAGUGGGACAAGCAAAGGUGCCAAUGACCAGUGAGAGGGAGAGAACGGGGGAAAACGUUUUUGACAAAAAUAGAGGGACAGAGACAGAUAUUAGCAAAGAAAAAGAUGGAAAGGGGGAUUCAAAAGUGGACCAAGAGGGUUGGGAGAAAAGCAAAGACAGGAGGAUAAGUAUAGCAAAAAACAAGAAGGAAACAGAAGACGGGGACCAUCACAUGUGGCGGGACGAGACAGAGAAAACAGGCGAAAAGUUCCACACUGAAGAAGACAGGGGCAGUGAUGGAAUAAAGAUGUCGGAGGAGCGCGAUGAGCAUACAAAUAAGGAGCGAACGCAGCACGGGGAGGAGAGGAGAAAGGAAAUGGAAAAGAGAAUAAAAGUGGAGCGAGAUAAUGAGAAACCAAAACAGACCGAGAGCAUCGGGCGUGCAGAGGAAGAAACUAUAAAAGAGGGGGAGGAGGAGGAGGAGGAGGAGGAGGAGGACAGGGAAACGGUAACAGGGACCAAAAAAGAAGGAGAAAAAAAACCAGCUCAAAGUGAAGAGAGAGACGGUGAUGGAGAAUUAGCGUCGAGUGAGUCGACCGAGGGGACAGACUUUGUUUCCAUCAGUCCGACCGACUCUAUCAUUAGUGUCGCUCCGGGGCAAGACGAGGCUAUAACCAUUAUGUCAUCUCUUCCACCCGCUCCUAUGGCUAGCUCAAUUCCACAUCUGAUCAUGGACGUCGAUCAAGGUGAGACAAUAUCUGCUGACCAGCUUCCAACCCAAAGCACAGGCGUUGGAGCAGGUGGUAUUCCUGACUGGCAAAGCUCUGUUACAGAGGCAAGCACAAGCAGGCCAACAACAGCAGGUACAAUAAACAUGGUGGGUGGCCUUGGAUACGAGGAUUCGCAGACUAGCACCUGGUCGACCUCUGCAACCAUCCCAAGGGCUGGAUCAGGUGCCCCAGGUCAGGAAAGCUCCAGCACUAAGACUGUCGUUAAACCUUUACCAGGUCAAGCACCAAAACCUACAAUUACACCUGAAGUAGAGCAAAAGUUUGAAAAACAGAAGAAUGGUCAAAGACCCGAUGAAGUUCGUUUGCCAGACGAGCCGACGAAAUUGGAUCAAAAGAGGCAGCCGAACUAUCAAAAACCAACAACUCAGCAGAAAUCUAAACAUGGUAAAGAUCCAAAACGGAUCCAGACUAAAAAAACGGACCAAAAACAUCCAUCUGAUAUAUUACCAACAGAUAGAAAUAUACCGAAACAAGACCAAGAAAAUACAACUUUUCAAAACUUCCCAAAGCCGAAAUCUCACCAUAAGUCCAUGCCUCCCGUCAAGAGACCCACAUCUAAUCAAAGACCUCAAAGUGUAAAUGUAACUGGUUCUCACAAAGACCCUGUCACUGGUGGACGUCCUCCCUAUGUUGCUGUUCCCAAAACUCAAAACUCAAAACCUGACAAGAAACUGGUUCGUCCAAUCCAGACUGACGAGUCUGACCAAAAACCUCACAAACAGAAAGAACGUGGAGAAAAAACAAAACCAGAUCAAAAGUCAACAUUAAACCAAGAUUUCAUUAAUGAACCUGAAAGGAGUGAAACACCAAAACUAGAUGAAAAAGCUUUAACAGAAUCAAUGGAGAGUUCUGUUGAAGAUCCUUCGCUUGAGACUAUCCAAGAUAAAUCAACUGGACAAACAGCCGAUCAAGGCCAAAUCAAACUCUCUGAUCAGAAGUCCAAACCUGGCCCCAAAAUUCCCAAAAUAAACCAAAAGCCGAAACCCGCGACAUCUAAACCGAACCAAAAACAUCCAAAACUCGCAACAGGCCAAAAGAGUAAACCAAACGUGAAACCUAAACAGGAUCAAACACAGAACCAUCGAAGGCUUAAAACAUCUCAGCCCGACCGAACGCCAGAUCUGAACACCAAAUCUGAAGAAGAAUUCAAAGACACAUCACUCUCAAAGCCUCCCCCGCAACACAGGACGCCGUCCAAUCCUACAUUCAAGGCGGGAGAAACACCCGUUAAAAGGCCAAAACCAACAUUCCAACUAAAGCCAAGUCCAAAGACCAGAACCUCUUUAAACCCUCCUGCAUCAGACGGCAUUCAAAACUCUCAAACCAAUGCGCCGCCUGCGUCAGAUGGCAUUAAAGAGAUGAUUGAUUUGAUUCGUUCCCCGGAGGACACCGAUCUCAAACACAAGAAACAAGAUGAAAACACGAUGAAAGCUGCCGUCACUCCGCGUCCAAAGACCUCCAGCAGCCCGGCGACUGGACCUUUCCCUCAACUUCACACCCACUCCCAGGGAUUCACAACGGCUCCAAGCAGCAGGAUCCCGUCUGAUCUGAGGCCACAAACAGCCAGUCUACCGCCAUCCAUCGCCAUGACAACCGAGCCAAACAAAAUCAUGCGCGUGAUCUUCCAAGGUGUUGUCCCCAGCACCGGUCCAGUAUUCACACAGCCAAAUCAAGCCAAAUCAACACCAGGACCAACUCCAGAUCCAGACAAAGUGGUAGUUCCAGUCCCUUCCGCCGUUGCCCAAACCACCUCCAGAACCUCUCCGGAGCCCAGAUCAACAACAACCCCAGCUUCAUCUGAGCUCCUCCACUCUGAGUCAUCCACCCCCAGUGCACGGGAGCUGCGUGUGAAGAUCAACCAGGUGGCUGCUUUCCUCAAUAACAGCCUGAGCCCGAAUAAAAGACCACCAGACAGGCGUCCAAAACAGAUCCCAGAAGACAGAACUGACAGCAAACAGCCAACACUGACGGCAUCUAAAGUUACACUGAUGAAGAGAGACUGCUCCGACCUCAUGCUCAGAGGGAAGACCAAAAGUGGAGUGUACCUGGUGACCCCUGACCUCCGCAGCAGGAGCUUCUCGGUCUCCUGUGACAUGGAUCUGGAGGGAGGGGGGUGGACGAUCCUGCAGCGCCGGAAGGAUGGCAGCGUGAGCUUCAACCGGACGUGGGCGGAGUACCGGUCCGGCUUCGGGGAUCUCAACGGAGAGUUCUGGCUGGGUAACAACAUGAUCCACCUGCUGACCCGGGACAGGGACAUGGUGCUGCGGGUGGAGCUGGAGGACUUCAACGGCGUGAUGGAGUUUGCAAGGUACGAGCACUUCCGGGUAGAAAGUGAGCGGAUGCGGUACAGACUGUCGGUGGGCGGGUACUCCGGUACCGCAGGUGAUGCGCUCAGCUUCAGCAAAACGUAUGACCACAACAACAGGGCGUUCACCACCCCGGACAGGGAUCACGACCGGUAUCCAUCCGGGAACUGCGGGGCCUACUACAGCUCCGGGUGGUGGUUCGAUGCCUGCAUGGCUGCAAACCUGAACGGGAGAUACUAUGUUGGGCGGUACAAAGGAGUCCGGGAUGGGAUCUUCUGGGGGACCUGGCACAACAUAUCUGCAGAGUAUUACCCCACAAACGACAGACAGUCCUUUAAAGCUGUCCGGAUGAUGAUCAGACCAAAGGGCUUUGCAUCUUAAGCUCUGAACACUCUGAACAGGGAAAAUAAUCACAAUAAAGGGUCUAAUUUUAACCAACAAGCUGUUAAAAAGCUCCUUACUGUUUGUUAAAACUCAGUGUAGUCUACUAUAUCCACACAUGUAUUCAUUUUUAUCACAAUACUGAUGUCUCGCGAUGUUUGCUUCUUCAAUCCUGCUUUGUUUAUGACAAGAACUGAAGAUGUACAUAGUUAAAAGGUUAAUGUCAUAAGUGCAUAGUAUAUUUUCAGUUACAUUUUUAAUAUUUAUAAUUCAUAAUACUUUCAGUGUUUGAGGGAAAAAAUAAAUUCCUCUUGUAAAAGUUUAUUUUUUAAGACAAUCUGAAUCUAAUAUGUAGCAAUGAAGACUGAGACUUUUUAUUUCAGGACUGAAAAUAUGGAGCUAGUUCAGUUGACUGAAGCUGUUUGGGAUGUUUACACUCAUGAUUGUUUCAAGAUAAAUAAAAUAGGUGUUAUGGAUGA